AGUACAAACUCACUCCCCAGAUUAGCGCAUGGAUUUUAUUUUUGUUGUGAGAUCUAUCCACAUUUAAACUUGUAUCUUGUAUAUUUAAAAUUGUUUUCUCUUUCCGACGAUUUUAUUCUUGUUUGGAGUAUAGGGUUUUUUCCCCAUCGAAAUUGGAUUUCUAGAAUUGUCUGCUAUAUUUGGAUAGCAGACUAGAACGCGCACCCAACAAUGGCUCGUUUGUUUUUAACGUGUUUUUUUGCGUUGAUAUCCACGCAAGUGGUUGACUCGUCCGGUGUGUUUGAGUUGAAAGUACACUCCUUCAGCAGUUCUCGAAGUGUCUGUAAACAGUCCAGUGAUUGCCAGAUCUUUUUCCGCGUUUGUCUGAAACAUUCACAAGAUGUCAUCUCCCCGGAGCCUCCGUGCACCUACGGCACGGGGCUCACCGAUAUCUUCAGUGCUGACCACAGUUCCAUCUCGGCUAGCGCGCCGGUCAGGGUGCGUUUCCAUUUCAAGUGGCCGGGAACUUUUUCACUGAUAAUUGAAGCCUGGAAUGCGGAGUCCUCCGAUGGUCAGUCUAUAGAAAACCAAAACAACUUGAUCAGCCGUUUGGUCACCUCUAGAAGACUUGCCGUUGGCGAGGAAUGGUCACAGGACGUUCGAUUUAGUGAGCAGAGCGAAUUGCGGUAUUCUUACCACGUUAUCUGUGAUGAAUACUACCACGGAGAAAGCUGCUCCGACUACUGCCGACCCCGCGAUGACCAAUUCGGACACUUUACCUGUGAUUCCUCCGGGAGCAGAACUUGCCUUCCCGGAUGGAAAGGAGAAUACUGCGCUGACCCCAUCUGCUCGUCUGGUUGCAACGAGGGGCAAGGGGAUUGUGAAGCCCCUGGCGAGUGCACGUGCCGCCUGGGGUGGCAGGGCGCGUUGUGCGACGAGUGCAUGCGCCACCCGGGCUGCCUGCACGGCACCUGCGACGAGCCGUGGCAGUGUAACUGCAAGGAGGGCUGGGGAGGCCUGUUCUGUGACCAGGACCUCAACUACUGCACCAACCACCGGCCCUGCAGGAACGACGCCACCUGCACCAACACCGGCCAGGGGAGCUACACCUGCACAUGCCGCCCAGGGUUCAGCGGCAACAACUGCGAGAUCGAGACCAACGAGUGCGACAGCAACCCCUGCAAGAACGGAGGAAGCUGCAACGACCAGGAGAGCGACUAUUCCUGCACAUGCCCUCAGGGCUUCUACGGGAAGAACUGUGAGAUCAGCGCCAUGACAUGUGCCGACGGGCCCUGCUUCAACGGAGGCACCUGCACGCCGCUGGUGUCUGGCGGCUACACCUGCCGCUGCCCUGCCACCUACAUGGGCUCCAACUGUGAGAAAAAGAUGGACCGCUGCAGCAGCGAGCCCUGUGCCAACGGCGGACAGUGUCUGGACCUGGGCCACAGCUUGACGUGUCGCUGUCGACCUGGCUUCUCGGGCGCGCGCUGCCUGACCAACAUCGACGAGUGCAGCCGCAGCCCUUGCCGCAACGCGGGCACAUGCCUGGACGGCAUCAACGACUUCACCUGCACCUGCACGCUGGGCUUCACCGGGAAGGACUGCAGCGUGCGCGCCGACGCCUGCUCGCUCGUGCCCUGCCAGAACGGAGGCACCUGCUUCACUCACUUCACUGGGCCUGUCUGCCAGUGUCCUCCCGGCUUCAUGGGAGCCAAGUGUGAGCACAGCCUCCGCCCCACCCUGCGGCCCGACACUCCCACGCCGGCCGACGGCUUCUCUGCAGCCCUGGCGGUCAGCUUCGUCCUGGGCCUGGUCACCCUCGUCAUGCUGGUGUGCGCUGCCAUUUUGGGUCUUCGCCAGCUGAGGCGGGGCAGGAAGGGAAUGGUUUCCUCUGUCAGGAACGACCUGGAGACCGUGAACAACCGGAUGACGCCCGGCCCGUUCCCCAGCGCCAGCAUGAGGGAGAAGGAGGCGUUCCUUAUCCCCGGCGGCCAGUACAAGGUGUCCAAUAAGGACGUAGCGCUUAGCUCCGCCCCCGAGCAGAAAACCGGAGACAAGGCGGCGUACAAACAGAAGAUGGCCGACUGUAACCUUGCCCGGGAUGAGGACAGAAUCACCAAGAGCAAGUUUGACCGGCAAAAUUGUGCAUCUACCGUGGCGGUCCCUCCACUUAGCUUCCCCAAGGAAGGCCUCUUUCACCCCGUCUUCAUCAUUCCUGAGCAGAUGGAGCAGUGUGUGUUUGCUACUGAGGUGUAACAACAGUAUUUCCAUCUCUGGAGAGUCUCAACCAACCAAGGCCAAGGCCUGACCAUGUUUACAAUCUUUCAAAGAUUUGAAGAAGAUUUAUUUUAACAACAUAUAUUUUUAUUUAAUAUUUAUUCAUGCUGCUCAUUGAAAAUGACUUUGACAAUGUUUCAGAAGACAAUAUUCCGAGCCCUGGAGGGUCCACUGAAUAUUCGGGCGCCACUUGCACUACUAUAAAUAUAUUUGUAAUCUUAAUAUAAUUCUUUUUAUUUUUAUUUUAUUUUUAUGAAAAAUAAAUGAACAAAAUGAAAUAGUAAUUUCUCCUCAGUAGGAGGGUAUAGGAUCUCUCCAUCAAUCCCAGAGAGUCAGUUCUGAGGAGGGAGAAAGAUGUUACUCUGGAUGCCUUCUCCUCCACCAGCCCUCUCCUCAAUCACUAGAGAGGGCUGGUCGCCUACAAUCGCUGAAUAAGCUGAAACUACAAUCUCCUGGAGGAUCAUGGGAAAUGACAACCAGAGGGAAAAAAACUAUAUUUUUUUCCAUCAUCAGCUCUUGUUGAUUCCUUUCUAUGUUUCCAAAUCGGGACACAUUUUGAAACUACGGAAUGAAGAUGACAUUUUAUGUCUAGCUUCAUUUUAAAAAUGUUUUUUUUGGUAGUUUUUGCUGAAAUCGAAACUGGACGGUCAUCGGCUGAAAUGGAUUUAUCGCUGAUGGGAGUUGUAGUUUUUUGAGGUUACUGGGAAGACCCAGACAUCUUCCUGCUGGAUCCAAUCACCAUCGUAGCCUUCGAGAGCAAAACAGUCCGCCAAGAAAAAUAUCUUAUCAAGUGCCUGAUGUUUCCAUGAACUCUACAGACCCAGGACCAUUCUUGUGCCAUUUUCCAGAUGCUUAUCGAUAUUUCUAUACCGUCACAUCAGGUGAUAUAGAUGUACUGUACACUCAUUGUUUGAUAGUGUGAUAUCUUGUAUUUAAAGCUUCACUCCUUUUCGAGGGAAACUCUGAAUUCCCUAAAUUUAUCCUCAACUCACCCGUAUAGUUCCUUGUGAGAACAGAAGUAUGCCAUGAUCUAAAAGGAAAUGGUACUUUAUCACACACACUGAGAAGAAGUUAGUAAAAUUUAAAUCUUUCAGUUUUUUUGAAACUGUACAUGAUUAGUUUUUCUCCCCGGUGGUUGUAACUUUCUCCACCAGGUGUUAUUUACAUUUACAUUUAGCAGACGCUCUUAUCCAGAGAGACUUACAGUAAGUACAGGGACAUACCCUCCGAGGCAAGUAGGGUGAAGUGCCUUGCCCAAGGACACAACGUCAUUUGACGUUUUCAGCCACCUGACUCCUGUGUUAUUUGACGUUGUAGUGAGAUGUAGCUUCCCCAUCUUUGAGAUCAGGUGAGACAGGUUUGUACACGACACCAACACUGGGAUACAUUCCCAACACUCCCAAGACUAGGUGAUGUUUGUUAUCUUUUCGUUCCAGAUCAAGUCUUGUUAAAAAAAAAAAAAAAACGGAUAAACAGACAUUUCUCAGUUUUAAAAUCAUAUU